GCAUGAGGUAAACACGCUCGCAUGAUCAAUUAGAAUGGAAUGAAAAUAUUCGCGAGGAGCCCGCCACUUUUCUUCGUUUCCUGAACGAAGAAAGAAUCAUGUACGGUUUUGUGAAUUACGCCCUCGAACUCCUCGUAGUGAAGACCUUCGACGUCGAAACAUGGGAAGCGAUAAAAAGGGACGCGGCUGUAAAUAUGGAGGGGCAGUUUUUAGUGCGGCAGAUAUACGACGACGAGAUUACGUACAACCUCAUUUCCUGUGCUGUCAAUCGGCUCAACAUUCCUGCCAACGAAAUCCUGGAACUAUUCGGCCGCACCUUUUUCGAGUUUUGUCAGGACUCGGGGUACGACAGAAUCCUUCAGGUGCUCGGAGCAACCCCCAGGGAUUUUCUGCAGAAUCUGGAUGCCCUUCACGACCACCUGGGUACGCUGUAUCCAGGAAUGAGGGCGCCUUCUUUCCGCUGCACCGAAAGGCCCGAAGAUGGUGCUCUCGUUCUGCAUUAUUACUCGGAUCGACCCGGUCUGGAACACAUUGUCAUUGGGAUUGUAAAGACCGUUGCCAAAAAGCUACACGACACCGACGUCGACAUGCGGAUAUUGAAGUCGAAGGAUGAGUGCGACCACGUGCAGUUCCUUAUCACCGACAGUUCCGGUCCUGGGGACAACGCCAAGCCGAUGAUCGCCGAUCUGGAGACCAUCUCCCUUGAGCCGAAGGUCAGUCCCGCUACUUUCUGCCGAGUGUUCCCGUUUCACCUGAUGUUCAAUCGGGAACUCACCAUAGUACAAACUGGAUGCACCAUUACCCGCGUUAUGCCCCAGGUUUGCAGCGGUAACUGCAAAUUGAACGACAUCCUGCUUACCGUCAGGCCGCAUUUGGAAUUGACUUUUGAAAACAUUCUAUCGCACAUCAACACCGUUUACGUGUUGAAAACCAAGAAGGGCGUAAUGCGCGUCGAUGCUGCCGAGGAGUACUCGAACUUACGUCUAAAGGGCCAGAUGCUGUACAUACCGGAAAAUAACUUCGUCAUUUUCCUGUGCUAUCCCAGCGUGAUGAAUCUCGACGACCUCACCAGACGCGGAUUGUACCUCAGCGACGUCCCUCUGCACGACGCCACGAGAGACCUCGUCCUUAUGUCGGAACAAUUCGAGGCGGACUACAAGCUCACCAGAAACUUGGAAUUGCUCACCGACAAGCUGCAGCAGACUUAUCGAGAACUCGACGGGGAGAAGCAGAAGACCGACAGAUUACUCUACUCCGUUCUGCCGAUAUCCGUGGCCAACGAGCUAAGGCAUUCCAGACCGGUGCCGGCCAAAAAGUACGACUGCGUAACCCUUCUUUUCUCCGGAAUCGUCGGGUUCGCUGCAUACUGCGCUGCCCACACCGACUCGAGCGGAGCCAUGAAGAUCGUCAACAUGUUGAACCAGCUUUACACCGCCUUCGACGUCCUUACGGACCCCAAAAAGAACCCCAACGUGUACAAGGUGGAAACUGUGGGUGACAAAUACAUGGCCGUGAGCGGAUUACCGGAGCCAUGUCGCAGUCAUGCGAGAUGCAUUGCACGCCUGGCGUUAGACAUGAUGGAUCUUGCAGCGGACGAAGUUCAAAUCGAUGGCGAACCUGUGAAAAUCACCAUUGGCAUCCACAGCGGUGAGGUCGUCACCGGAGUCAUCGGACAUCGCAUGCCAAGAUAUUGUCUAUUUGGUAACACCGUCAACUUGACGAGUCGAACGGAAACGACGGGAGAGCCGGGCAAAAUCAACGUUUCCGAAGAUGCGUACAGGUAUCUGUGCAUGCCAGAGAAUCAGGAUCCCCAGUUCCUGCUGGAGUACAGAGGCCCUGUGAUCAUGAAGGGUAAGAACGAACCCAUGAACGUAUGGUUCCUUUCGAGAGAGAGGGAACUACCGUCUUAAACCUCUCGACGUCUCCGUCAUUCCGUCUAGGCCGAUCACUGAAAACUUCGCAAUAGCAAUAACGUCGAAGAUCUCUCUAGGAUUAAAUCCGACGAACUAUGUCUAAAUAAUAAAUACCAAUGCG